CUGAGGGACAACAGCGGAGGAUUCAAACUGAGUAUGGCUGCGGGUAAAGAUGCCGAUGAAAACACACAUAAUAGAAGAGGUACAGUGUGCAGUAUGGUGAUCAAUCAUGAGGAAUCACCUGGGGGCUCUCAUGCUGGCCGACCACCCGUCAUCUUCAACCCAGAUUUUUUUGUGGAGAAACUCCGCCAUGAGAACCCUGAUGUUUUCCUGGAGUUGGUGCUCAGUAACAUCACUCGCCUAAUUGAUCUUCCUGGUACAGAGUUUGCACAGCUCAUUGGUGAGGAGGGUCCCAAGACCCCAACUGGUGGGAAUGGAGGCUUCUUCCGCUCUUUCAACUUCCUCAAACGCAAAGAUAAAGGCGUUGUGUUUGGAACUCCCCUGACAGAGAGCUGCAUUGCCCAGAUCUACCAGCUUAUUGAGUAUCUCAGUAAAAAUCUCCAUGUGGAGGGUCUGUUUCGGGUGCCGGGGAACAGUGUUCGGCAGCAGACCCUGAAGGAGCUCCUCAACAGUGAGGCUGAUGUCGACCUGGAUUCUGGAGACUUUCACCCCAAUGACGUGGCCACGCUGCUUAAGACUUUCCUGGGAGAGCUGCCCGAGCCCCUGCUCACACACAGACAUUUCCAUGCACACCUCAAAAUUGCUGAUAUGACUCUGUUUGACGAACAAGGGAAUAAGACUGCGGUACCCAACAAAGAGCGUCAGAUAGAGGCCCUGCAGCUCCUCUUCCUGCUGUUACCUCAGGCCAACCGGUCACUGCUGAAACUCCUGCUGGACCUUCUCUACCACACUGCCAGGCAGCAGGACAAGAACAAGAUGUCCGCCUUUAACCUGGCCCUCAUGUUUGCCCCGCAUGUCCUCUGGCCCAGACAUAUGACAGCCGGUGACCUGAAAGACAAUCUGAAGAAACUGAACAACAGCAUGGCCUUCCUGAUCAAACACUCGCAGAAACUCUUCAGGGCUCCAGUCUACCUGCGGGAAUAUGCCAGAGUGCACUUCGCUGGUACCAAGGCACUGCAGACCAAGGAUGAUCUGGAGCUGCUGGCGGCGAGCAGCUCUCCUGCUCAGCGGACAGUGUUGCCCCUGAAGAGGACGGCCGUUCUGGGCCCCAGCUCUCAGGAGCAGUGCCAGUCACCGGCUCAGCAAUACACAGAAGAGGCUCUGAAGGAGCUCUUCCGACACGUUCAUCACAACAUGCCAGACUCCGCCAAGAAGAAGAAACUCGUCCGACAGUUAGUCAAACAGACAACCUCAGGGACACCUACUAAUGAGCCCCACAAGGUCCCCCCAGCUCCCAGCAAGAAACAUCCACGUUCCCGCUCCUUUGGUGGCCUCAUUAAGCGCAAAGCGCGUGGUGAGCAGCUGACAGCAGAGAGGCGGGUCCGUCACAUCUCUCCUGAUACCGUCACCAGGGCAGGAAGAAAGCCUGGUAAAGAGAACGUCAUCCUGCAAGCGGUGAACAGCCCAUUAAAUGGUCCUGUGCUGGGGAAGGCAGGGCUGGUAGUGAAAAACCCAGACUUUAUUUUCAAAGAGAACAAACUUCUGAAGGUUUCCAAGCAGGAGUCUUCCUCCGUGACCAGGAUGGGUUUCUCUCCUGUUUAGGAGAUCUCACUGUAAAACCGGACAUCUUCACCUCGUCUCGGACAGCACUCUGGCAGUAUUAAUACUUUAAUUCCUCAUGGUUAUCAUUGUGUUUUCAUUGUAGUAAGUAUAUUAUAACUGUGACUAAUAUACAGCAGCUUUAGCCUAAGCCAGGACAGCCAAACCAAAGCCAAGAACUCUGUCUUCUUUUCACCGCUGGACGAGAUUGUUACAAACAGGUACCAACAGCUGAAUUAAAUCCUCCACUGUAGCUUUGCUCUUAGAUGGCCUCAGUGUUAAGUUGCAUGACUUGGAUAAAAUUAAUUUAAUUAUUCUGACCUCAACAUGUGAUGUCUGAUAAACCAUGCUAAAUAUUUUUGUUACUUCCAGAAAUACAUUUAAAAAGUCCCAAAUUGCUUUCAGUGCUGUUCAUCAGUAUUUUAGCAUUCAGGUAUUAUAAUCGUGUAUUGAGACAGACAAUAUUUUUAGCAUGAUUCAGUAAAGGAACUAUAUAUGACAUAGAAUAUUCAUCAGCCACACUGUUAACUGAAUGGGGUCCAUUUAGUUUGGGAUGAUAAUGUGUAUCUGUGGGAUGAGAUAAAGGCUGUAGCAACUGCUAGAAAGGAUGUGUAUUUCCUUUUUAAUAAUGUCCUUCAUUUUUUAAUGUGUUUUUAUAGUACCACAUAAAGGUCAACUUUCAGUAGUAUUUUGAAAUAUUUCUGCUGUCAGAUUUUUUUGUUGCGAUUGUAUCUGGCUGAUUUUAAAUCGUGAGACCUUUUCUGUUUGUGAAUCACAAUAAUUCUGCAUAAUAAUCUCAAUAUACCAGAACCGUGUGUCUGCGCUCUGAUCCUGCUGAAAGAUCAUGUUUUAAACUGUGCUUAACUUUUCACGUCUAAGCAUUAACACUCAUCACAUUGCUUGACGCACUGUUUUGAGUAAACACUGACUAAACUCUGGGGCAGUUGCUUAGCUCCACAUUUUGAUGUGAAUAAUUUAAACAAUGAGUAGGUCUUUGCUUUGGUUCGGCUUCGCUGGCUCAGACCUGCUUGUGCCAGUUAUCACUUGAAACUUGUUUUAUUAGCUACUGUAUCAGAAUCUAUGACCACUAGCAAGCUAAGCGUACAGUCUGCUGUAGAGUGUCGAAUAUGUAUACAUGUUGUACAGUCUGUGUGUGUGUGUGUGCGAUUCUAAGGUUUUAGACUAUAUUUUUAUUUGGGAACUGUGAUGUUUUCGGUACGAUGUGAUGUAAGGCUUUGGUAACUGGAUGAUAAUUUCUCAGUGAGAGAAUCAGUGAGCAGAUCACUUUAUUUUUUAAAAUGUUUCAUCCUGAUAUGAAAAACAGGAUUUCUUUGAUAACUACAUUUGCUACUCUCACAGGUUUGUUCAUCAUGUGACCAUUGACUGGGACCCCUGUUUGUGAAUCUGUCAAAUAUGACAUGUUACAUUCCCAGAAUGACUCGUGGGACUUAAAAUAUGUUUUUAAACAAUUUAUUUUUUUACUGGCUGGAUGAUGGAAAGGUCAAGGGGUUGAGAGAUUUGUUAUGUUGAUGUUUUAAAUGAAAGUCUAAAGAGUGUUUUUAUAUGAAUUUACUCUGGUUGAAAUGAGCAGUAAUCAGUUACAGUCAGUUACUCUCCUUAACAUGGUGUGUAUGUGGUCUUAAGAUGAGGCCAUACUCUUGUUAAGACAUGAGAAUGAGUAAAGCAAGAACGGAACGUAGAGUAUUAUAAUUGGACGUGAAACUGUGUCAUCUGUUUCUGUUUUAGUAUAACUGUUUGUCAGUAUAUUAACAUGUUAGAUGUUAAUAGCCCAUCAUGACAAAACAUAAACCUGUUACAUUUAUUAAUGCUGAAUUUAAUCUGUGCAAUCCAGAACUAUUUAAACAGAUAAGAUGAAACUGACACAGUGCUUUUAACUUUUUUUUAGCUUUUAGCAAUUAACAGGGGGAAUGUAACUUCAGACACAGGGCCAACGUAAAGGUCUAGUAGAGACAAUAUUGAGUUUGAACCUGUGCUGAGUAUGAACAUUUUUCUCACAAAACAAAAUGCAAAGUAAGCUUAACAAUGUCUCAAAUGCAUCAGUGUCUAACACAAACAGCUGUGCAAUCUGUUUCCUAAUUAGAUCACGGUGUGGAAAUUACAAAAUUGUGAUUCAAAUCUACAUGGAUCCCACAAAGAAGUAAACAGUGGCACCUUUAAACAUAGUUGCUGGUACAUGAAAAUUUAAAUCAGCACUGGAGAAGCACAUGUCUCCUAUCUAAUGAGGGCAGCGCAGUUGAAAGAAAUUAGAAUUAAUGAUUCAGACAACACAGAUGCAUUGUCAGGGUUGCAUUUGCAGAAGUCAAAUCAUACUUUAUGCUCCUUUUUUAAAUAUUUUGGAUCAUACGUAUAUAUUUUUUGCAUCGUUCUCACUUCCUUCAGCUUUACUCUUCAUGGCUCGACUGAACUGACGUCUGCUCAAGCGAGUACGGAUGCACCAGUACCAGUUUCCCAAGCUCCUUCACAGGGAGGUCAGAGGUCAGCUGCAGAGCUGGUGGGGCUGCACUGCCCUGCUUAUUAACACCUCAGCAGGAGAGAUGCUCAGCAAUAUGAGCCUGAGCCCAAGCUGGAUCUGUGUGCAUUAGUUUUCGUAGAAUUCGACACUGAUCUUGAAGGGUUGCUCCAUCAUUUCAUGGGAAAUACUCGAAUGUUUCUGAGCCUUUGUGUUGGGAAUCUGUUAUUGGUGCAUCCUGAUUUGAAAGUGUUGUGGAUGUCGUAACGAUGGGUUUCUCGAACGUGAAUAUGGUGCUGAACAUGACUGACGUGACAGGUGCAGAUGGACACUAAAAUAUCUUACCUCCUUUUGUUUUAUAGUAUAUGGUACUAAUAUUCUGAAGGUCAUUUUGUACAGUGGUCAACACAGGACCAUUUUUGUUUUUAAAUGAACCUGACUGAAUUAAUCUCAGCAGCCUUUUGAAACUGAUUUGGGAUCUCUGCAUGUCGUCUUUUCUUCUUAUCAUGACAUUGCGUCGUCCUUUUCAGUUUUCAAAACACUGCAGUUUUACAAACCUGUUCAAGCAAGAGCAAAAUUGGAUUCUUGUAUUUAUUGUGUUUGGGGAAACAAUUGUCUUUUUAUGUGGAUGGAAUUUAGGAGCCAGAUUUAAGGUACAUUGAUUUUUGUUCUUUUCCUUUUUCUAUUUUUGUUUUGUUUUGAGUUUGCUUUUGUCACCCAGUCGGGAGCAGUUAUUUCUGUGUGAUGUGGAAAUUAUUGUUUUAUAUUUGAAACACAAAAAGCCCCUCAGAGCCUUCUUGUUUUCAGUCUGUCUGUGUUGCAUGUCUGUUCUAUUCUUCUCCUUACAUGAAUGUGAAUUAUUUAGUUACUGAUGUCCUGCCGUACAUGGUCACUGAUGAAUUCUUCUGAACACUGUGAGAACAGCAGAAUUACAGGGAGUUAUAAAUGACAGAAGUGGGUGGAAUCUGAGUUCUUAAAUUUUACCUGAAUGGUUAAUUGCACCUUAAUGCUCUGAGCCAUGGGGAAACAUCACUUUUACACACUGAAGUUUCAUUGGGUUUAAGGUGAUCAACAAAAAUGUCUGUCUUCUCAUUUGUCCGAGCACCAUUCUUCCAGUGUAAGGAUGAAGUCAUCUGUGAGUGUUUUACUAUUUGGUUCAAACUGUGGUAGCCUCUGUGUUUCUUUCUCUUCUUUCUUUCUUUGUAUUUUAGUGUAAAAUAAGUUAACCUUGUACAGUGCAUUUGAUUCCUUGGCAAACCAUCCGCUUCGGAUUAAAACUUUUUAUGUUUCCUACAGAAAGUCUGUUGUUGUUUUCUAA